AUGUCAAUACAACAAAUGCCUUAUCCACCGUAUAUCAAAAUGGACAAGGCUGAUACAAUGUUACGUGCAACAAUUGCUACAUUCGCAGUUAUGGCUUUUAUAAUUCCACUUUGCAUCGAAGUUAGCUAUUCAACGAAAGAGAAGUUCAAUGGUGUAAAUGUUUUAAUGGCAAUGAACGGAGUUAAAGAAGUAUAUAACUUAUUUAGCUGGUUAAUUACAGGAAUAUUGUUUAGCACAAUUUACAUAGUACCAAUAAUUAUAAUAUUGAAGAAUACCUUUACUCAUAAUGUCGAGGCCUAUUUGAAAUAUGGAAAUGAGUUUAUAUUUUGGCUCUUAAUUACUACACAUGUCACUCAUCUUAUAACAUUUGGCAUGCAUGUUGCAGCAUAUUUCUCAAAACCACAAUUUGUGACAAGUGUCUUAACCAUUGUUUAUACGGCG